AUGAUGAACAUAACCAAAGAUAAAAACAACACCAAUGUUCAAGAGUUUUCUUGCACCACUGGAAUUCAUCAGGAAAUUUAUCAGAAAGUGUUCAUCAUGUCAUUACAUAUUAUUGUGUCACUCACAGCAUUUUUGGGAAAUUCUUUGAUCCUCGUUGCCCUUCGGAAGGAGUCAUCCCUUCAUCCGCCAUCAAAGCUUCUAUUUAUUUCCCUUGCAUGUACCGAUCUCUGUGUUGGUAUCAUCUCGGAGCCCAUUAACUUCAUAUUAUUUCUUUCUCAAGAGCAUUCAAAAUUUUGUCUCAUCACAGAAAUGAUUGCUAAUGCAGUAGCGGGAACGUUCUGUGGGGUGUCUCUUGCAACACUGACUGCAAUAAGUGUGGACAGACUUCUGGCCCUGACGAUGAGACUGAGAUACAGAAGGGUGGUCACAAUAAUGAGAGUUAGAAGUUUUGUUCUUUCCUCUUGGAUUGCAAGUUUUAUGGCUGCAGUAAUUUUCGUCUACGACAUACAUCUUGCCGUAAUCAUCUCCAGCAUAGGGAUGACUUUUUUAUUAGCAAUUUCUACUUUCUGCUACUGGAACAUUUACAAAAGACUUCAACGUCGACAGACCAAAGUACACGUACAGAAUAUUAUUAUGGUAUAUCGAGGAAAGGAAGGGAGAACAGGACGUGGAAAAAGAGAAUGUCCAAAAGGAAAAGGAGCGAAGGAGGAAACAGGGGAAGAGGUCAGUGGGAGGGGAGGGAGAGUUGCAGAAAGGGGAAGUUUGAAUAUCGCAAGAUACAAAGAGACAGUGUCUAGUGCACUGUGGGUGCAUUCAACAUUACUUGGUUGUUAUCUUCCAUUUGGCAUAAUUUCAGCUACACUCGCAAUUACUGGACAACGAACUCCUUUACAUUACUUCGCAUGGGAUGUAGCAGGAUUGAUCGUCUUCUCUAAUUCGGCUCUGAAUCCAUUUCUUUAUUGUUGGAAGAUAAAGGAAGUGAGACAAGCAGUAAAGGACGCGAUAAGACAGUUGUAUUGCUGUCCUUGUUAA